AGAAAGAGAAAAGACCCUGUCAAAAAACCGAAUGUGCACGUGCACUUGCUAUUCAAUAACAAUUUAAUAAAUUUAUUAAAUAAAUCACAAAUAAUUAAGUUUUUCUUAAAUAAAUUCAACUUAAAUUGAACGUUAAAUACAUCUUAACAAAAUGGUGAAAAAGAAGAUCGACAAUCGUAUUCGUGUCAUGAUUGAAAAUGGUGUUAAACUUGGACAUCGUACAAUGUUUAUUAUCAUUGGUGACAAAGCUAGAGAUCAAGUACCAAUUUUGUAUGAUAUUCUUACAAAAUCUACAGUUAAAACUAGACCAACAGUCCUUUGGUGUUAUAAAAACAAAGAUGAAGCUAUCUCCAAUCAUGGAAAGAAACGUGCAAAGAAAAUAGCUGCUGGUAAAAUAGACGUAAACGAUGCUGAUCUAUUUGACACGUUUAGAGUUUCCACCACAAUUCAUGGUCGAUACUAUAACGAGACUCAUGCUGUUCUCGGUCGUACCUAUGGAGUUUGUGUGCUCCAAGACUUCGAAGCACUCACUCCAAAUUUACUUGCUCGAACUGUGGAAACAGUCGAAGGAGGUGGAUUAAUUAUUUUACUUUUAAAGUCCCUAUCUUCUUUGAAACAACUCUACACAAUGAGUAUGGAUGUCCACAAACGAUACAGAACAGAAGCUCAUCAAACAAUAACGUGUCGGUUUAAUGAACGAUUAAUUCUAUCAUUGGCUGAUUGUAAACGGUGUUUGGUUGUAAAUGAUGAUCUCACUGUGUUGCCACUUAGUUCUAAAACUAUCAAUGUUGAUCCUGUUAAUCCAGCUGUAAUUGGUAAGUCAGAAAACGAUGAAAUGUUACAGGAUUUAAAAGAAAACCUACGAGACACUCCUCCAGCUGGACCAUUGGUUAAUCUUUGCAAAACUUAUGACCAAGCUAAGGCUGUAGCUCAAUUUAUUGAAGCUUUAGCGGAAAAACAACUGAAGCCUCCAACAUCACUGACAGCAGCACGUGGUCGUGGUAAAUCUGCCGCAAUGGGUCUCUCAAUUGCUGCAGCUAUAUCUUUUGGUUAUGUCAAUGUUUAUGUAACUUCUCCUCAUCCAGAGAAUUUAAUAACUCUGUUUGAGUUUGUCCUCAAAGGAUUUGAUGCCCUCGAAUAUCAAGAACACUCUGACUACACAAUAAUUCGAUCAACCAAUGAAGACUAUAAAAAAGCAAUCAUUCGAAUCAAUAUAAACAGACAGAAUCGGCAAACCAUUCAAUACAUAUCGCCCAACGAUACACAUCUCUUGAAUGCUGCCGAUCUUUUGCUUAUUGAUGAAGCGGCUGCCAUCCCACUGCCUCUUGUCAAGAAAAUGAUUGGACCAUAUCUUAUAUUUAUGGCUUCGACUAUUAAUGGCUAUGAAGGAACUGGAAGAUCACUUAGUCUCAAACUGAUUUCACAGCUUCAAAAGGAAAGCAAUGCUCCGCCACCGAUAAAAUUGGAAGAAUCUAUUCGUUAUCGUGAAGGCGAUGACAUUGAAAGUUGGCUCAUCAAUCUGCUUUGUCUCGAUGCAACUACAGUUCCUAAUAUUAGUUCAGGUUGUCCAACUCCUGAUGUCUGUGAAUUAUACUACAUUGAUCGUGAUGCAUUAUUCUCCUACCACAAAGCAGCUGAAUCUUUUCUCCAUCGAGUGAUAUCGAUUUAUGUUGCUUCGCAUUACAAAAACAGUCCAAAUGACUUGCAAAUGAUAAGUGAUGCACCAGCACAUCAUUUAUUCUGUUUAUUGGGUCCAAUUCAAAGAAAAGAUCAAUUACCUGAGAUAUUGGUUGUUGUGCAAGUAGCAUUAGAAGGUGAAAUAUCAUCUCAAACAAUAACAAGUUCAUUGGGAAGAGGCAAGAAGGCUAGCGGUGAUUUAAUACCAUGGAAUAUUUCUGAACAAUUUGGUGAUCACGAGUUUCCUAAGUUAUCUGGAUUGAGGAUUGUUCGAAUUGCAACUCAUCCUAAUUAUCAGAGAAUGGGUUAUGGUAAAAGAGCUAUUAAACUUCUAAAAGAUUACUAUGAUCUUAAAUUUACUGAUCUGAACGAAAAUGCUAAUGGAGACGAAAAUGGCAUUGAAGAAGUAGAUGAAGAAGACGUUGGUCUUCUCAAAGAAACCAUAGCUCCGCGUCGUAAAAUUCCGACUUUGUUAAAACGCCUUAAUGAACGUUCUCCAGAAAAUAUCGACUAUAUUGGAACAUCAUAUGGUUUAACGAAAGAUUUACUUAAAUUUUGGAAAAAUCAAGGUUUUGUUCCUGUUUAUGUUAGUCAAAAAGCAAAUGAUUUAACUGGAGAGCAUUCUUGUAUAAUGUUACACACUCUCCACAAAGAAGGAAUCAUGAAAAAAGCUACCAGUGAAUGGUUGGCUUUAUAUUUCAAUGAUUUCCGACGAAGAGUUAUCAAGCUAUGUGGACGAGUGUUUAAGGAUUUCCCAACGAGCUUAGCGCUUUCGUUGCUGGACAAUAAAUCAGUAAAAGUCAAAACUAAAGAGUUGGAUAAAGAUACACUGGAUGUGUAUUUCCUCCCACACGACAUUCAAAGACUCGAAGCAUAUUCAAGAAAUCAAGUUGAAUUCAGGCUUAUUCUUGAUUUAGUUACCGAUAUAAGUUCUCUAUUCUUCCAAGGACGAAUUCAAGGAUUCCAGACUGAUUCUUUACAAAAGGCAAUUCUUCUUGCAAUGGGAGUGCAAGGCAAAACAGUGGAUGAAAUAGCAUCUGAACUGAAUAUGCCUUCUAGUCAGAUUCUUGCAAAGUUUUAUGAUCUUAUAAAGAAGACAACAAAAUACUUUGCCAAUGUGAUUGAAGGUCAUAUUGAGAAUUCAAUGGUUAGUGAAAAGCGACUGAAUCAUGGGGAAGAAUUUGUACCUAUUUCAGUGUCGCUUAAUGACGAAUUGGAGGAAACAGCAAAGAUUUUAUCAAAACAACAAAAAGAAGAACUUAAGAAACUAAAAAAGGAAAGUCUACAAGAUUUUGUAAUCAAAGGUACUGACGAAGACUGGUCCAAGGCACUUUCUUCAGCUGGAGCUGGUAAAACAAAGCUAAUUUCAGUUAAAAGUGGAGUCAAGAGGCUAGAUGAACCAAUUGUGACGACUGAAGAGCAACAACCAUCGAAAAAGAAGAUGAAAUUUGGUAAAAAGAAGAAGCAUGCUGGGAAAUCAAUUGUCUAACAAUCAAGGGAAUACGUUACUUUCAUUUAAUUAUUGUAUAAAUAGUUAAGAAUAUUUGAAAUAUAGACGAUUAUAUUUUUUACAAUAUUAA